GGUGUAUUUAAGGCAGAGAUAGAUAGGUUCUUGAUUAGCCAGAGCAUCAAAGGGUAUGGUGUGGAAGUAGGGGAGUGGGGAUGACUGGAAGAAUUGGAUCAGCCCAUGAUUGAAUGGCGGAGCAGACUUGAUGGGCCAAAUGGCCUAGUUCUGCCCCUAUAUUUUAUGGUCUAAUAUUUGAAAGGUUUCGUUGAACCCCGCCCCCCUCCCAUCCUUCUAAAUUCCAGUGAGUACAAAUCCAGAGCCAUCAAACGUUCCUCGUAUGAAAAUCCUUUCAUUCCUGGAAUCAUCCUGGUGAACCUCCUCUGAACCCUCUCCAAUGCCAGCACCUCUUUUCUAAGAUGAUGAGCACAAAAUUCUUCACAAUACUCACCAGUGACUUAUAAAGCCUCAGCAUCGCAAUCCUGCUCUUCCAUUCUAGAUCUCUUGAAAUGAAUGCUAACAUUGCAUUUCCCUUCCUCACCACCAACUCAACCUGCAAGUUAACCUUUACCGGGUUCUGCACAAGGGCUCCCAAGUCCCUUUGCAUCUCAGAUUUUUGGAUUCUCCCCCCCUCCCCAUUUAGAAAAUAGUCUGCACAUUUAUUUCUACUACCAAAGUGGAUGACCAUGUACUUUCCGACAUUGUAUUUCAUUUGUCACUUUCUUACCCAUUCCCCUAAUCUGCCUAAGUCUUUCUGCAGCCUACCUGUCUCCUCAACACUACCUGCCUCUCCACAAAUCUUUGUAUCAUCUACAAACUUGACAACAAAGCCAUCUAUUCCAUCAUCUAAAUCAUUUAUAUACAGCAUAAAAAGAAGUGGUUCCAACACCGACCCCUACAGAACACCACUAGUCAUUGGCAGCCAACCAGAAAAGGAUCCUUUUAUUCCCAUUCACUGUCUCCUACCAAACGGCCAGUGCUCUAACCAUGCCAGUAACUUCCCGGUAAUACCAUGGGCUCUUAAUUUGCUAAGCAGCCUCAUGCGUUGCACCUUGUCAAAGGUCUUCUGAAAGUCCAAAUAUACAACAUCCACUGCAUAUCUCCUCAAAGAAUUCCAACAGGUUGGAAUGGCAUAAGCAGCAAUGGCAUAAGUUUCUGGGAAAAUUGAGAAAGAUGCAGGAUAGAUGUAUCCCAAAAUUGAAAAAAUACUCAAAUGGCAAAAUAGUACAACUGACAAAGGAAGUCAAAGCCAAUGUUAAAACAAAAGAGGGCAUACAACAAAGCAAAAAUUAGUGGGAAGACAAAGGAUUGAGAAGCUUUUAAAGAACUACAGAGAGCAACUAAAAGAAUCAUAAGAAGAGAAAAGAUGAAAUACGAUAUCACAUUACUUCUUGUAUUCCAUGCACUGAAAUAUAACACUUUGAGUAAUGUAUUUGCUAUGCUUUUUGAUUCUGCAUCCCUAAUGCUCUGAUACUCAGCCUGCUGGCUGCAAUUAUGUCCUAUCAUCUAUCUGCCAGUUUCUGAUAGUCUGACUGCAUGCCAUCUUUGCUUUUUAACUAUCCUGAGUCCCUUCACUUUGGUUCCAUCCCCCCCCCCCCACCAAAUUAGUUUAAACAUUCCAAACCCAUAUAUAAACCUUCCAACCCCACAGAUGAGAUCCCAGUCUGUAACUCACUCCUAGAAAUUGUUUAUUCUAUAUAUGAACUCCUGGAUUUGUUUCCAGCCUGUAACCCACAACCCAGAUCAGAAAUCCAGCAUUAGAUCAAAGCCUCAAACCCAUUCCCAAGAAUAUAUUAUUUCAUAUAUAUCUAUAUACACCCCUGGAUUAAAUCUCAGCUUGUGAGUCACUCUAGGGAUCUAUUACCUUGUUAAAGGAUGAUCCAGAAGAUUAAGAUGCAUGGGAUCUACAGUGACUUUGCCAUCUGGAUUCAGAAUUGACUUGCCCACGGAAGGUUGAUGAUAAUCAUCAAUGAAACAUAUUCUGGAGGGGGGUCAAUGAGUAGUAAUAUUCCAUAAAAAACUUGGAUGAAAACAUGGAUGGAUAUGUUAGGAAGUUCCCAGGUGAUACAAAAGGUUGUUUGUGCGGUGGAUAGAGUGAAAGAUUGCCAAAGAAUACAGUGGCAUAUAGAUCGGUUGCAGACAUAGAUGGCAAAAUAGAUGGAGUAGGUGCAGUUUAACUCACCCAAGUGUGAAGUGUUGCACUUUGGGAGGUCAUUGCAGAGAGAUCGUGGAGUCCAAGUCUAUAGCUCCCUGAAAACAGUGGCUGAACAGGUUAAUAGGGUAGUAAAGAAGGCAUAGGAUAUGCUUUAUUAAUCAAGGCACUGAGCUGUAGAUUCAGGGGGUUAUGUGGCAGCUUUAUCAAGCUCUGGUUAAGCCACACCUGGAAAAUUCCAUUCAUUUCUGGAAGAAUGUGGAGGCUUUGGAGAGAAUGCAAAAGAGGUUCACCACAAUGCUGCCUGGAUUAAAGGAGAGUUUGGACAAUCCUGUUUCUUCUCCCCCUGGAGUAUCAGAGGCUAAGGGGAAACUUGAUAGAAGUUUAUAAAAUUAUAAGAUAGAGCGGGCUUCCGGUAACUUUUUCAUAGGGUUGAAAUGCCUAAUACUAUAAGCAUGUGGUUAAUGUUAAAGGGUGCAAGUUCUUUACAGAGAAUGGUGGGUGCUGGGAAUGCACUACCAGGGGUGGUAAUAGAGGCAAGUAUGACAAAGGCAUUUAAGAGGCUCUUGGAUAGGUACAUGAAUAUUCAUAGAAUGGAAGAAUAUGGAUGUUGUGUAGGCAGAAGGAAUUGGUUCAGUCAGUUAGUUAGUUAGUUUGGUACAACAUCAUGGGUGGUAAGGCCUGUUCCUGAGCUAUAUUUUAACACUAAGAACUUCUGGAUUAAAUCCCAGUCUAUAACUUACUUCUAGGAAUCUAUUACUCUAUAAAAAAUAAACCCUGAUCCUCUUGGGUAUAUAUAAAACCCAGAUCCCAACCUGUAAGUCACUCCUGAGCAUCUCUUAUUCUGUACGUACACCCCUAAACCACUGGAUUAGAUAGCAGCCUCUAACUCACUCCCAGCAUUCAGUAAUUAUAUAUACUUAAUCAAUCUCCCAAAACCCCUGGAUUGGAUCCCAGCCUGUAACCCAUUCCUGUGGACCUGUUAAUCUACAUAUAAACACCACAAAUUCCAGAAUUAGAUCCCAUCCUGUAAUCCCUUCCUGGGGGUUUGUUAUGUAUAUAUAAACCCCCAAACCCGAAGAUUAGCAUGCUAUAAAACUUCUGCCUCGCCAUGCCCUGUGGGACAGAGUGAAGUUUUCAGAGAGCAGGCAGUUAACUGGUAAUGCCAGCGGCAGUCUCUCAGUGACAUCUCCCCCGUGUGCCGAUGGAUGAGUAGACUCCCUCCUUUGUUCCAGAACAAUCCCUGGAAUUCUCUGUGCUUGUGUGUGUGUGAGUGUUCGAGUGUGCGCGCUCUGCCACCAAACACUUGUUUCUUUGUACGUGAUCUGAAUGCCCGCCCAGUGCAGCCCUGCUCCCUGUCACUGCCAACCGGUCCAGCCCACCCUGCCCCACUGACAUCCAAGGGGUGGGUUCAAUGUGCCUUAAAAGUAGCCGCUGGCACUCUGUUAUCGAGAUAGAGCGCAGGACAGGGGCUGGCUGAGUAACAGCAGGGCAUUACUAAACGCCAGGGAGAUCCUCUCUACCUUCAUCGUUCCCUCGAACACAAGCUCCUGGCGCAGGCAUGUGCCAUAACGGGAAAGCUGCAUCUGUCUGCUGUGUCGCCGUGCUCUACGCACUCUCUGUGCUGAGCUCCACACAUGCCAUCUCGGUGUCCACGCACCAUAAUCUCCACAAAACUGUCGGCUCGGAUGUGACGCUGUACUGUGGAUUCUGGUCCAGUGAGUACGUCUCUGAUCUCACCACACUGAGCUGGAGAUUCCGCCCUGACAACUCCAGAGAAAUUAUCUCGAUCUUUCACUAUGGCAAUGGAGUUCCUUACAUUGAGAAGUGGGGCCAAUUCAAAGGGAGAGUGGAAUGGGUUGGGGAUAUAUCCAAGCACGAUGGUUCAAUUGUCAUCCGAAAUCUGGACUACAUCGACAAUGGUACCUACACCUGUGAUGUCAAGAACCCUCCAGAUGUGAUUGGAACCUCAUCAGAUGUUCAUCUGACAGUCUACGACAGAAUUCCCCCCAUCGGUGCUGGAGUUGUGUCGGGUGCUAUCAUUGGCACCUUCCUUGGGAUCAUUCUACUAAUUGUUGGAGGACUAUACCUGUUCCGCUACAUUGUCCGGAGACGGGCAAGGAGUGAGACCAUCUUCUUCAAAGGAGCCAGUGCUGCAGAACGUGGAAAGGCCAGCGGGAAGUCUGGGACUGGGACUAAGGGCCCUGUCCUCUACGCCACCCUGGACCAGAGCAAGAGCGGCAAGGGGGCCAGUGAGAAGAAGGCGAAGACCUCGGAGUCCAAGAGGGAGCGGAAAUAGCGGUUAGCCCGCCGGGGGGGCGCUGGGAGGGGCAAUGCAGGGGCACCGGCCAGGGCUGGGGACGGCCAGCGUGUGCUUAUGACUAUCGAGCUGACGCUGACAGAUUCGGACACCGGCAGUGACACCGAGGGCAGGGGUCCAGGGGCCGUCACCAGAUAACUGGCCAGACUCUGCUAAUGCCUACCCAUCACCACAAGUUGCAGCUCCCCCCUUCCCGUCUUCCGGCUCUCCCUCACCUCGGGCUCCUCUACCACCUCCAUGCAGUCCCAGGGCUAGGCAAGGGGGUUGGUGGUCCAGCUGGGUUGAGAAUAGGUUGGUGGGGGGGGGUGAUAUUGGAAUAGGGCAAAGGGGAACGGGCAAUCCUUGUGGACCCCAACGAUUGCCAACGGCCCUUGGUGUUGGUAUGUGUGGUUCCUGCGUCAGGUCAGUUAGGGUUGUGGGGGCAAGCAGACAACCUAACCUCUUUCCCAUUUCCUGCCCCAUUGGUGGCAGAGGGUAGGGGUGACCCUGCAUUGGAAACGUUACCCGUGACCCUGGGAAUCCCAUCCCCUUUCAUUCCCGAUGGCCAAAACUGACCCUCUCCUCCCCUGGCUCACCCCAGACGGUACUAUCUUAUGUCUCUGGGUGCAUCCCAAACCCUCACUGUAUGCUCGAGGGGGUGGAAGAAGACCCAACCAACAAGUGCCUCAACCCUAGCACAGCUCCGGGAGCAGGGGUGGGGCUGGUUGUUACUCUGAACUACCAAAAAUCUGGCUUCUGAAACCAAAAGAACAAAAUCAGGAAGGGGCUGAGAUUCUGGCCACCAUUGGUCAGUUUGGCUGACCAAUGACCAGAAAGACUUUGGUUUCAUUCGUCAGCCUGGCUGCUCUUUGGCUGUCAUUUGUCAGCCUGGCUGGCCAGCACCCAGGGAGACAUUGGCUGCCAUUGGUCAGCUUGGCUGGCCAAUGACCAGAGAGACUCUGGCUGCCACUGGUCAACUGAGUUCAUUAAUGACCUGAGACACAAUGGCCACCAUUGGUCAGCUCAAGAGUGCACUCUGCUCAAACUCAAGUUGGCCCACUCAAGCACUGCUCCGACCCCAAGCUGUAAUUGGCUGUUUGGGGACCUGACCUGAAUAGUGCCUGAGUUGGGCUGUCUGUCAUGUCUCAACAAUGACCCCCUCCAACCCUCUGUACUCCCCCACCCAGACAGGUCAAGGGGGGGGUGACACUUCCCCCUCUCUCCCAAGACAGGCCGUAAGACUAACAUUGCAAUGCGGGUUAUCCUGUUUGUUGUAUUAAUGGAAUUAACGGCAAGAAUCUGUGUCUAAUCCCAUGGGGUCUGCAACCUCUGCCGAGUGUGUGAGAAUGGAAAAGCAGAGGCCCCCUAAUGAUGUAACAGACAUUUCAGUAAUAAAGAAUAUAAGAUAGAAACCUG